AUGCCCGGGGCCAGGUUGGUCAGACGCAUGCCCGGGGCCAGGUUGGUCAGACGCAUGCCCGGGGCCAGGUUGGUCAGACGCAUGCCCGGGGCCAGGUUGGUCAGACGCAUUCCCGGGGCCAGGUUGGUCAGACGCAUGCCCGGGGCCAGGUUGGUCAGACGCAUGCCCGGGGCCAGGUUGGUCAGACGCAUUCCCGGGGCCAGGUUGGUCAGACGCAUGCCCGGGGCCAGGUUGGUCAGACGCAUGCCCGGGGCCAGGUUGGUCAGACGCAUGCCCGGGGCCAGGUUGGUCAGGGUGUAAGGGUAUGUGUCAUGGCUAUUUUGUCUCAGCUCCUGACUAUAACCUCUCUCUUGUCUUUGUUAGGUCUGGCCAGCAGCACAGAUAACAUCUACACCCAGACAGAUGUGACCUGUGUCUACAUCUAUGAGAACCAGAGGUGGAACCCAGUCACAGGAUAUACCAACAGAGGCCUCCCAACAGACCGUUACAUGUGGAGUGAUGCGACGGGACUGCAGGAGUGUACCAAGGCCAACACCAAGCCUCCAUCCCCUCACUGGACAUGGGUGAGCACCACUAACUGGACAAAAAAUGUCAAUUUCACCCUCAAUGGACAAUCUAACUUUUGAACUUGAACUAAGUGCCAUUAGAUGACUAAACAAGCUUGUUGUGCUAACUGCUCUGUCUCUAUCAGGUGACAGACUGGGCCAUUGACUACGGUAUCUCCGGAGGGACAGACAGAGAGGGUUGGCAAUACGCAGCUGAUUUCCCAACGUGAGUAUAUCUAACCUUCCCCAAUACAUCUUCAUUGGUCUAUCUAUCGCAUACCAAGCUGAAUCCUUUCCCUGCAUGAAAGCAGCCAUGAUGUGCGUUUGUUUCCAUCACUAUCUUGUGUUUUCUCUCCCUCCCUCUGUAUGUACUCUUCCAGAUCGUAUCAUGGCCACAAGACCUUGAAGGACUUUGUUCGUCGUAGGCGAUGGGCCAGGUACUGUAUGUUAAUACACAACAAUGGCCCUGUUCCCUCAUCACUGGUUGUUUAGGAAGCACACUAUGGUCUGUAAGCUCAGAUCUAGGAUCAGUUUUACUCUACCUAAAUCCUAACCUUAACCAUUGGGGGAAGGAAACAAAACAACUGACGUUAGAUCAGCGUCUAGAGCAGAGUUCUUCAAUCCCUGUCCUGAGGACCCACAGGGAGUGCAUGUUUUUGCUCCAGCCCAGUACUUACACACCUAAUUCAACUAUUGGUACACUGGUCUAGGUGCAACUUAACUCCUAUUUGAACAACCCUUGUAUUUCCUCUGACAGGAAGUGUAAACUGACGACCACAGGGCCGUGGCAGGAAGUCCCACCCAUCCCGUUGAGUGACGUGACCAUCAUCUUGUGUGGAGCUCAGAGCAGUGUUGAGCCGAUCCCUCUGUGGGCCAUCAGUAACAAGGGAGACGUGCUCUGUAGACUGGGGGUCACCCUACUGACGCCUGCCGUGAGUCACACACACACACAAUAUGUAAACAUACAACACACAUGUCCACACAGACAUUGUGAUUGAUAACAGAAGUGGUUGUGUGUGUUUCUAGGGGACGUCGUGGCUCCACGUGGGCACAGACCAGCCCUUUAAGUCUAUCUCCAUCGGUGGGGCCAACCAGGUGUGGGCCAUCGCCAGGGAUGGCUCUGCCUUCUACAGGAGCUCCGUGUCCACACAGAGCCCUGCAGGUCAGUCAGAGAAUCAUGCAUAACCCACACACUCUGACAGAACCCAGGGGUCCUCCUUUCAGUCCUGUUGUGUCUUAAUGCUAAUCAACAGUUCAGUCAAAUCCCUCCAAUGUAUUUUUGAAGCCGUUUUUACAUCAGUCAUAAAGUGCUUUACAGUAAUAGCUUAAUUACCUCUCUCUGAGUUCUGGUUCCUAUCACAGAUAUGCACCUAAUGAUGAAAGUACUCUAAUCACUGGCUGGUUAAUGUACUAUUGCCACCUGCAGGAGUCUGCUGGUACCACAUCCCGUCUCCAGCCAGACAGAAGCUCCAACAGGUGUCUGUAGGGAGGACAUCAGUCUACACUGUGGAUCAAAAUGGUACUACAGACAAGAAUGUCAUGACUUACUAUGACAUGUACCUUUAUUAUUGCCAGACGUCUAUUAGUUGAACCAUCUCUUCUUUAUUUUUGUCAUGAUUUUAAUUUGGUGCUCUCCGUCCAGGUAACCUUUGGUUCAGACAGGGCCUGACUCCCAGCUACCCCCAGGGAUCGUCAUGGGAACACAUCUCCAACAAUGUACGGAAGGUCUCCGUAGGACCUCUGGACCAGGUGAGCAGAAUCUACAAUCUAAAACCUGGGUGGUUGUUGUCGGCAGUAAUGAAUGAUAAUGACUUUCUCAUUGUUGUUGUGAAGGUGUGGAUCAUAGCUGACAAGGUGCAAGGCAGCCACAGUCUGAGCUGUGGGACAGUCUGUCACCGUCUUGGGGUUCAGCCCAUGGAGCCCAAGGGACAGUCCUGGGACUACGGCAUCGGGGUGAGACCCUUAACCUUACCUCUAACCCACCAACCUGCUUCUGAGACACCAAUGACUUUCAACAGAAAGGUUUUCUUGGUGGGGGGGCUGUCUGACUCUCUCUCUCUCUCUCGAGAGCGAGAUAGAGGAGAGAGCGACGAUCGACUGAGAUAGAGAGAUCGUAGAGGCGCUAGCUCUAUGCUCUCUCAUCUAUCUCUCUUCUUCUGUCUCUCCCCUCUCUCUCUCUCUCCUCUCUCUCUCUCUCUCUGUCUCUCUCUCUCUCUCUCUCUCUCUCUCUCUCUCUCUCUCUCUCUCUCUCUCUCUCUCUCUCCUCAGGGUGGCUGGGACCACAUCACUGUGAGAGGGAACUCCAUAGAGGCUCCCCGUGUCCGUAUGCCCUCCCUGACAGCCUCCCUAAGG